AUGACCCCAUCUAUUGCGGUCAUGAACAUCUCAAGGACUGGUUUGACGGCCUUGUACUGUCCAGAAAGGACAGAGACUCUAGCAGAUAUUGUUUUCGUACAUGGGCUGCAAGGACAUCCUCUCAAAACGUGGACAGCAAACGGCGUGUGUUGGCCAAAAGAUUUGCUGCCGGAUGAUGUCCCCGAUUGUCGCAUCCUCACGUUCGGUUACGAUUCGAUCGUGACCACGUGGGGGACAAGAAAUCCGGGGACAGUGCCCCAGUACGCGACGGACCUGCUAUUGGCCCUUGCCCAAGCACGAGUGACAUGCCCCAAUCGGCCGAUUAUAUUUGUCGCUCAUUCUAUGGGAGGUCAAGUGGUGAAAUCUGCUUUGCGAACGGCUGGUCCAGGAGGCAACGCUAGUGGGUUCGAGACCUCGGUGCGGGCGUUGAUCUUCCUGGGGGUGCCGCACCGGGGAAGCCAGCUGGCCGCGCCGGCCCUCUGGGCGGUCGGUCUUGUCGAGCUGGCUGCCAUCGUGGGUCUCUCGACUAACAGGAAGAACCUUCAGGCGCUCCAACCCGGCACGCAAGAGCAGGUCGAGCUAUCAGAGGACUUUCAUAGGAGGUUAGACCGUCUGCCGGGGGGCUUCCAGGUAAAAACGUUCCAGGAGGGGCGCAAAUUCCUUGGGCUGUGUAAGGUGGUCCCAGAUUACUCCUCGUGCCUAGGCAGACCUUCUGAGGACGCAGAGGUGAUGGAUGCAGACCAUCGGGACAUGGUCCGGUUCACCUCCAAAGAAGAUCCGGGGUACCACCAAGUUGGGGGAUGGAUUUGUGCCGCCGUGGAACGGCUGCGACACCCGGAGGCGGGGCCCUCUUGUCGAGAGAAGGACAGACCCGAUGAGACAUAA